ACCGGGCUCGGAAAGUGACUGCUAGUUCCUUCUGGGAACGCAACCCGUGAGGGGGUCUCGGAGCCGUCUCCCUACGCUUGCCCUGGAUCUUCCCUGAGUUCGUCUCCAGCCGAAGAGUGAGGAAACGUCUCCACCACCAUGGGGGGUGGAGACCUGAACCUGAAGAAGAGCUGGCAUCCACAAACCCUCCGAAAUGUGGAGAAAGUCUGGAAGGCUGAGCAGAAGCAUGAAGCUGAGCGGAAGAAGAUUGAGGAGCUACAGCGGGAGCUGCGGGAGGAGCGGGCUCGGGAAGAGAUGCAGCGAUAUGCAGAGGAUGUCGGGGCUGUCAAGAAAAAAGAAGAAAAGUUAGACUGGAUGUAUCAGGGUCCUGGUGGGAUGGUGAACCGUGAUGAGUACCUGCUGGGACGUCCCAUUGACAAAUACGUUUUUGAGAAGAUGGAGGAAAAAGAGGCUGGCUGCUCUUCUGAGACAGGACUCCUCCCUGGCUCUAUCUUUGCCCCAUCUGGAGCCAAUUCUCUUCUUGACAUGGCCAGCAAAAUCCGGGAGGACCCGCUCUUCAUCAUCAGGAAAAAAGAAGAGGAGAAAAAAAGAGAAGUAUUGAACAAUCCUGUGAAAAUGAAGAAAAUCAAAGAAUUGUUGCAAAUGAGUCUGGAGAAAAAGGAGAAGAAGAAAAAGAAGGAGAAGAAGAAGAAACACAAGAAACACAAGCACAGAAGUUCAAGCAGUAGUCGGUCCAGCAGUGAGGAUGAACAUAGUCGAGGAAGGUCUCAAAAGAAGAUGGCAAAUUCUUUUCCUGUUUUUUCCAAAGUCCCUGGAUAUGGACUGCAGGUCAGGGACAGUGACCAUACCCAAGGAUUGCAUAGCUCUCUGAUAGCUGAACAAAAGGGGAUGAAGAACCAUUCCAGGUCCAGAAGCUCCUCCCACUCACCCCCCAGACAUGCCAGCAAGAAGAAUACUAGGGAACCAGGGUCCCGGGAUAGGAGGUCUCGAUCACUGGGCAGAAGAUCGCGGUCCCCAAGGCCCAGCAAACUGCACAGCUCUAAGGGAAAGAGGAGAGAAAGAGCCCAGAGUAAGAGCCCAUCACCUAAAAAGGAGGUCUACCAGAGGCGGCAUGCUUCUGGAUACACCAGAAAACUCUCAGCAGAGGAACUAGAGCGGAAACGGCAGGAGAUGAUGGAAAAUGCUAAGUGGAGGGAGGAAGAGAGGCAGAACAUCCUUAAGAGGCACGCGAAGGAAGAGGAACGGGAACAGAGGCUGGAGAAGCUAGACUCCCGGGAUGGGAAGUUCAUCCACCGCCUGAAGCUAGAGAGUGCAAGUACUUCCUCCUUGGAGGACCGAGUGAAGAGGAACAUCCAUUCACUACAGAGAACCUCAGUAGCUCUGGAGAAGAACUUUAUGAAAAGAUGAACAUCAUCUCCUCUCUUACUGGCUUUCCUGAUGUUUCCAGGGAGGCUGCUGACCCCUUAAAAAUUCUCUUUAUAAGAGUUUGAAUGACUUCUAUAGAUGUUAGCCCACCACUGUUCAAAGUGACCUCUGUCCUGAAAUACCUUUCAUCUUUUGAGAACCAGUGUGACUUGAUUAGGGGAACUUUGGUAACUUCGAUUGGGUGCUUCGUGGGUUUUGACUAUGUUUUAUGGGUGGACAUUGUAUAGUUAGUCCUGGGGUGAAUACUCAUCCUGCUCUGGAA